AACAAGACAACCACCACAUGUACUGGCGCGAAUUUGCGCGCUUUUUACUUGUAUGAACAAGCUCACAGUCUCACUUCUUUCUUCUCUACUCUUUUUGACUCAUUUGCUCUUUUUGAGCUACUAAAUUCUCCAAAAAUUGGUACUACUGUUGUCAAAAUCAAAUCGAUCUUUUCCCUUAGAUCGCGAUUAUCGAUUUUCAUCAAUAUUUGCGGCGUUUCGAUGGCUAGUGAGGUUAGAAACGUUCUUAAUGGAACAAUCGAUGAGAAAACAGACUUGAGAAGGUCGUACCAAGUAGUAGUUGCUGCAACUAAGGAAAUGGGUAUUGGCAAAGAUGGGAAAUUGCCAUGGAAUUUGCCAUUUGACCUUAAAUUCUUCAAGGAUGUUACUUUGCAAACAUCUAAUUCUGAUAGAAUGAAUGCUGUAAUAAUGGGGAGAAAGACUUGGGAGAGUAUUCCUCUUAAGUUUCGGCCUUUGCCAGGUAGACUUAACAUUGUUCUCACUCGUUCGCGGGAUUUUGAUGCUGGUGAUCUGGAUAAGGUUAAGGGUUGUGAUAGCAUGGACUCUGCCUUAAGACUGUUGGCAAUGUGCCCGUAUGAUCUUUCAAUUGAGAAGGUGUUUGUCAUUGGUGGUGGGCAGAUAUUGAGGGAAGCACUAAAUGCUCCAGAUUGUGAUGCGAUUCAUAUGACAGAGAUUGAGACCGAUAUAGAAUGUGACACAUUUAUUCCCCCCGUGGAUAGUUCUUUGUUUCAGCCUUGGUAUUCAUCGUUCCCUUAUGUCGAGAAUGAUAUACGAUACUCUUUUGUCACGUAUGCACGUGUGAGGACUGCGGUUGAUAUUUGUAGUCAGAGUAAUGGCUCCAAGUCAGCUACUGGUAAGUUUGAGGUGCAGGACUUCUCCUUCCUGCCUCAAUUGGUAUUUGAUAGACAUGAGGAGCAUUUGUACCUUCAGCUAGUUAAAGAGAUCCUGUCAAGUGGGAAUCUCAAGGAUGAUAGGACGGGGACUGGUACCCUAUCAAAAUUUGGUUGCCAGAUGCGGUUCAAUUUGCGGAAGACUUUCCCUCUUCUUACAACCAAGAGGGUGUUUUGGCGAGGUGUUGUUGAGGAAUUAUUAUGGUUUAUCAGCGGUUCAACAAGUGCUAAGGUCCUGCAGGAGAAAGGCAUACAUAUAUGGGAUGGAAAUGCAUCCAAAAUUUACCUUGAGAGCAUUGGGCUUCCAGACAGAGAAGAAGGCGACUUAGGACCUGUUUAUGGGUUUCAGUGGAGGCACUUUGGGGCUAGAUAUACCGACAUGCAUGCUGAUUACUCUGGGCAAGGAUUUGAUCAGUUGCUAGAUGUUAUCCACAAGAUUAAGAAUAAGCCGGAUGAUAGACGUAUCAUCCUCUCAGCUUGGAAUCCUUCUGAUCUUAAAUUGAUGGCAUUGCCUCCGUGUCACAUGUUUGCACAGUUCUAUGUAGCAAAUGGUGAGCUAUCCUGUCAAAUGUACCAACGAUCAGCAGACAUGGGCUUGGGGGUUCCCUUUAAUAUUGCAUCUUAUGCUCUUUUGACAUGCAUGAUUGCUCAUGUCUGUGAUCUUCUUCCUGGGGAUUUUAUUCAUGUCAUUGGGGAUACUCAUGUUUAUCGUAACCAUAUUGAUCCACUACAAGAACAACUACACAAUCUGCCUAAGCCUUUUCCUGUUUUGAAGAUCAACCCUCAGAACAAGAAUAUAGAUUCUUUUGUAGCAACUGAUUUCGAACUCGUCGGAUAUGAUCCUCAUCAGAAAAUUGAAAUGAAGAUGGCAGUUUAAAGCUUACUCUCUUUUUCUUAUUUAGAUGCUUUCCUACAAGUUACUGUGAGUCCAUAUACUCUUUCAUCUUUGAUUUACUGAAACUAUGAUGUUGUGUUUUAUUUUUUUAAAAUUUAUGUAUAGUGUUACACUUUUAUAAAUAGGUGGCAAUUGUAGGGUUUACAUAAUUAACAUUACUGGAUGAUGUUUUUGCUAAUACUAUUGACUGAACUCAAGAUAUGCGUAUUUGCAUUCA